AUGUCCCUUGCCGUGGAAGAGACCGAUGCCGAGGGUCGGACCAUUUUCUUUAAAAGUCCAGCAGACAUUUCAAAGGCUGUGACCUACGACCACUACGAUGUCUGUACGCAGGAACGUGUUAAUGAACUGUUUGAACAGAAGAAGACGCCCUCACCGAAGUUCUGCGGAUUUGUCUACUGCUAUGCCCCCUUCCUAACCAUCUGCUCCUCUAGUUCCAAUGGAAAGCUCAAGGUGAAACAGAGAAUCGACUACAAGUCAAUCCGAGAGGUCUAUCCCUGCGAGUUAGACAGCAACGUCCUCUUCAUUGUGACACGCCGUGAAAGAGGCAAAACUCACCUGCGAGUCCUCAGACUGCCAUCGGACUCAAAGGCCACCAAGCUGCGUUACACCAUUGAUCAGCUGCAGCUAACUCCCCUGUACACUCGCGAAAAGACUGAAAAGGGCAACCGCAAGAGCAACAGCACCGCGGCUUCCGGAUAUUCGAGUCUGGGCACCGAGGCUGACUCGAGGAAUUACUCCACCCCAAUGGUCAGUCGGCGAACCACACGAACUGCCCAGAGUAGGGCCUUCGACACCGUUACAAAUUACUACCAAUCUGAGGGCCAGUUUCAUUUGCCCCGGGUUCGGCAAUAUUCACCGCGCAGUCUGUCAAAACCAGGUCCAAUGUCGCGGACCACUCAGACUGUGAGUCGUCCCCUUGACUAUGAGACCGACUUUGACGACAUUCAAAUCUACCGACCGGAGAGCCGAGCGCCUCUUUAUGACGUUUACAGUAAGGACAGCGGCGGAGGCCAGAGCAGUCGGCAACGUACUAAGUCUCGGAUGCAGCGUCGUCGCUUGGACACUAGCAGUUCAAGCUCGGACUGGCAGGAAAAUGAAGAUGAGGACAGUGGCUUCUACGCGGCUUCGCCUUGCCGCCGAGACAGCGGUUACUCGAGAGUGUCUCGAUUGCAACAGAAUCGUAAUACGUACCAGAGGACAAUCUCCGUCCCACCCAGGAGGUAUCGGGUCUCGUCGGACUAA